UCAAGUUCAGAAAACCAUUAUUCCUCUGCCCGUUGCUCUUGAUCCACACAGGCCCAGUGGAAAAAGGAAGCCAUAUUUAAGAGAUUAUUAGAUAUGGGUGCAAAGAAUUUGGUCUGUUUGUCACUGGUCUUUCUGGCGGCGGCCAUGGCCCAGACCCACGCGGCGGACAUCUGCGCGAAAGCAGACCACGUGGCGCUGUGCCGGUCCAUGGCGAAGGGCGUCGGCAACAAUCCGGUGGCGGCCACAAGGGCAGGCAUCGAGAAGCUGAUAACGGCGACGAAACUGGCGAGGGAAGCGAGCAUAAAAUCGGGGAGGUCGGGGGCUCUGGGGGUGUGCAAAGAGACGUACGCCAACGCGAUUAGCGAACUGAAGACGGGGCUGGAUUAUCUGCAGAAGAAGGACAAAGACAGCCUCAACAUCGAACUCUCCGGGGCGAUGACCGACUACACCACGUGCGACGAUGCCAUUGCCGAAAGCGGCGUCGUGGGAAAAGCUGUGGGCGUUUUGAAAAACGAUAGAAUGCUGCUUAGAAUGGCUAGCACUUGCUUGUACUUGGCCACUUUGACUUAGUAACAAACGUGGGGAUCACCUAUGGGCUCUGGGUGGAGCGAUGUGUACUCCUGAUUGGCUUGCCGGUCAUCAAAUAAUAUAACUAAUUAUUUUUUAA